CAACGAAAUCGGCAAAUCCCAAAGCCGGAGCAUUGCACAAAUCCAGAGAAGGAGACCCUGCCCUGCCCCUGCCAGCUGCCAUCCCCACAAAACCUUUUGAGUUUUGAUUUCGUUCCACCCCCAGUUGCCCAUAUCUCUCUGAUUCAUUCAUUCAUUCACCAAUAAUUCCUUCUAAAGAUCUGAACUUGAACUCCAACAUUCGCUCUUUACACAACACAAGUGGCUCUCUCUCUCCUCUUCUCUCUCACACUAGAACCAAAGGGGACACAGAUCAUGGAUGUGGGUCAGAUGCAGAGACAGUUGGUGGAAUACACCAAAUCUUUGUUCAUAGAGGGAUAUUUGGACAGUCAGUUCUUACAGCUUCAGCAACUACAAGAUGAGAGUAACCCAUCUUUUGUGGCUGAAGUGGUGUCUCUCUUCUUUCAAGAUUCUGAAAGGAUUCUCAAAGAUCUCACCAUUGCUCUGGAUCAGAAAAUUAUUGACUUCAAAAAAGUUGAUGCUGAUGUUCAUCAGUUCAAGGGUAGCAGUUCAAGCAUAGGCGCACAAAGGGUUAAAAAUGCCUGCAUUGCUUUCCGCGGAUACUGUGAAGAACAGAACGUAAACUCGUGCGUCAGAUGUCUGCAACAAGUAAAGCAAGAGUACUUCCUUGUCAAGAACAAGCUGGAGACUCUGUUCAGGCUUGAGCAUCAGAUUAUUGGAGCUGGUGGGUCAAUCCCUAUGGUGGAACUGGGUUUCUAAGAUGGAUGCUUAUUAGAAGGAGAAGCUUGUGAGAGUGUUUUGUGAUCAUUUUUCUCCUUUUGGUGGAAGAUUGUGUCUUAGGUUUAUUUUUGUGGUUCGUUGUGUGAGUUUUAUGAAUGUAGAUGUUAUGGUGAAUGUAGGGCUUUAUUUGUGAACUCUUCUUGUUGCUUGCAUUCAAGGAGGUUUAUAUCACAACUGAGAUUUCUGACACAAUCUUUCAACCCCAAUUCAUACUUUUC